AUGGCUGUUCCUAGGGGAAUGUCUGGAUAUUCACCAGACUGCUUUGUUUCCCUUCCUAUGGAGACAAGGAUGCACAUUGCCAUUUAUCUUGCCACUGCCGAUUUCCUAGCUCUUCGACAUGCAUCGCGAUCAAUGGCAAAGGUCUUCAAUAUUCAAUCAUUCUGGAAGUCAAGAUUUCAUGCGGUGCAAGACAGAGGCUUCCUCGCCUAUCUGGCCAAUAACCCACAGGAUGAUGAGACUACAGAUUGGCGGCUCAUGUAUCGCUGUACGGCGAAUAUUGAUCUCAUGCUCAAAAGAAAGUUUCCCGAACAUUCAUGCACACACGAAAGCAUCUGGAAUAUCUGGAUUCUAAAAUCUCUGUGGGAGAAUACACAGUGGUUGAGACAGAGAUACUCAAUGACACAGGCAUCCUAUGAGCAGAUUGUGCUCUAUAAUCAUAUGCUUACUGAACUACAUUGGACGGAGUUUUAUGCUGGAUUGGAAUGCAAUAGGGCGUCGCGCCAAGGAAAAGACAACGAUUUAUGUGAAGACUGCGGGGCUGAACAUGUUCCUCUCAUCCAAGCGAUCCCAUUGGAACAUUCAGUUGUCAGCUUGGCAGUGUCCAUUUUAAAUGAAGGUCCACAGACUGUUAUUACUGGUUUUGAGUUGGUGAGCGGCGAAAAGGACGUGGUAAACAAAGUUCUUGGAUAUCGCCUGCUAGGAGGGCAAGUGACUAUUAGCCUUCGCGGCCAGGAAUUGAGGGGAUUUUCUAUUGUUAGUAGCCGCGGAAAUAUCCACGCAUUGCAGCCAAUCUUCUUCAACAACGAUGUGAAACCUGGUUGGGUAGGUCAACCAGAGUUGUGUUUCGACGAUCUAUAUGACGAGUCCUACUCUACCUCCAAAUCUUGGAUCAAGCGCUCAUCAACAGAAGUAGUGUUGGAGCGUGGGAUUACAGCCUUUUGUGGAAAAUUUGAUAAGAUUUGA